AUGCAGGCGCAAGCAAUCAUGUCAAUGGCUCAAACAAGCACAGGCAUGGCUAUGCCGAGCAUGACUAUGACACCGACUGCCAGUGACAUGAUGCCUAUGACAACCUCAUCAGGCGGCAUGGGCGGCAUGGAUGAUGCAAUGGACAUGAUGGGUGGAUGCAAGAUCAGUAUGUUAUGGAACUGGAACGUAAUCGACACAUGCUUCAUCGCAGAGUCCUGGCACGUUCGCUCCAAAGCCAUGUUUGCCGGUUCCUGUAUCGGUGUCGUCCUCCUUGUCAUCCUUCUCGAGUUUCUGCGCCGCGCAGCCAAAGAGUACGAUCGCUACAUCGUCUCACAGUAUUCUAAGAAGUUCGCUCCCUCAACAAUCGGCUCCUCUGCCUCUUCUUCAUCAAGCAAUGACGGCACGACUAAGACUCCCGCCGCUACAACUACAUCCGCUGCUCGAGCACCUACACCCACCACAACAAGCAAAUUCCGACCGAGCGUUAUGCAGCAGGCGAUUAGAGCGGCACUGCACAUGUGCGCAUUUGCCGUGGCCUACUUCGUUAUGUUGUUGGCUAUGUAUUACAACGGAUACUUCAUCAUUUGCAUUUUCAUUGGUGCAUAUCUGGGCUACUUCAUCUUUGGAUGGGAAAGCUUCAACCUCAGCAGUGGCGGCGAUGACCGUAUGCAGGAGAACGCUACGGUCUGUUGCGGAUAA